UGUUACCCACACUUCAAAUAAAAAGUACCGAGGGAUGCAUUUCAUUACUGCCCUGUGACACUGGAGAAGCCACGGCUGCAGUGGUAAUAUUCCUCGUUUGUGUCACACAGAAAAUUUAUUUGCAAGAAGAGUUCUGCUCCAAAGAGAAAAUGAAUAGCCAAUAUAUGCGUCAUGAAGUGCGGGGUUGUGAAACCAGCGACCUGAGGAACUUCUGGGAAAAGACCAUCGAACAACAAACUCAGUAUCUGCAAAACGAAAAAGAACGUCAGCGAAGAAGUGCUCUGACAAAGCUCAGAAAUGAAUGGAUGGAGAGGCUGGAAAAACGGAUAAAGAUGUUGAGGACCCAAUCUGAAGACUCAUCCAGCUGAAGAGCCCACACUCAUUACACGUUUAGGUGGAAAUAAAUCUGUUUUGUAGGAAAGCAUGAUGUAAAAUCUGAAGUCAGUUUUACUCUGUAGCUUAAAUGAGCUAUAAUUAAUUAGCUGUCAUUGUUAGAAGUUUCAUAUGUGAAAUGUCAAUUGUUACUUUCAAGAUUAUGCAUCUGUCCCUUCAUUUGAUAAAUGGAGAAUGUAGCACUCUGAAGUAUUUAACCCUAAUCAAUCAUGGUUCACUGAAAUGUAGAUGCCUGGAAAAAGAGUUUAGUUACACAGUUGUGCUCUGCAAAAGCAUUUCCUCAAUAUUUUAAAUUUCUGUAUAGAUUGACAGUAAUAUAAUGAAUUUAGAUGGUUUAAUGAACAGUAGAGAUUUUAAGUUUUUACACAACACAGCCCAGUGUAGACUAAGGAAUAUAGGACAUACACAAUGCUGCCACAUCCCACACCAGUAGUGAAGCCCAAACUGGUGGGAGCUACAGAUCCUAGCUGCCAUGUUGGAAGUCACCUGUUAACUUGCAACCAUAUAUGUAUUGAUAAACAGCCUCUGUGAGACAACUACAAGAGCUGCCUGAUUAACCCACAUUAACUUAGUCAACCCAUAUUAGCUAAUUUGAGACACUAUAUCAGCAUUGGUAGAACAACUUAAAGCUCUGACACUGUUUCUGGUACAUAAUCUGGCUUGUCUAGAGGUGCAUUGAUACCUCUGUUUCACAGAAUAGCUUGGUGCACUCUCACAGCUGUCUGUCAUCAUGAGAGACAAGCAGGUUUUUUCUUCUAGCACCUUUUCCUCUAAGACCCAAUAUUUAUUCCUUAAAGACUCGUACUUUCAGAAUUUAUCCGUUUUCCUCUUCCAUAUUUGUCAUUAGUCAAAAACGUUUCUUGUUCCCCUCCUAAUGCUUCAUUAGAAAAUGUGGCAUUUCUUCCAACAAUAUGAAAACAUUUCAGUUGGCUGUCAUAAUCAAAUCACUUCCUUUUUAAGGUGACUGCUUUGUUGCCACCAAAUGAUUAGGGUAAUGUACUUCAAGACAGGUUGUUUUGAGCAUGCUAGAAAACUCUUCCCUGAAUCACUUAACCUUUUAGUCCCUUUUUAUAAGACUUUUCAUUACCACUCUGAUAAUUCGUAUUGCUUCAAAGCAAAGAUUAUUUGAAUUGCCAGUGAGGCAAGAAGAGAGCAAUAGAAGGGCUUGGAGUUUUAAAAUAUGUAGAAAAUCUGCUCUUCUUAAAUCAAAACAAAAAUUUGAAGUGUUAUUUUUUCCGUCUUUAUUUAUCACCUUUUAAAUCCAUUUUUGUGCAUCCCAAGGACAAAAAAAAAAUUAUUGUGUGAAUUACAACAUGUAAAUAAUGCUUAGAAAGCCUGAGGAAGAGUUAAUAAAAUCAUGGAAAAAAUUAUGGCUUUGGAGCACUGAUUCAGAAAUCAAGGUGCCAGCAGGUAUGUCCUCGAACUUAAGUGCAGAGUUUGCCAAACACCAGAGAAAAGCUGCUAAGCCCAUGUUCUUUGGUUUAUUUUUAUUCUUAAGCAAUUUUAAAAGUAACAUCAACUGUGAAUAUGAAGGAUCACAGCAUAAUUGCAAUAAAGCCGUGCUUAAGAAAACAAUCACCAGAUAGCACCACAACUUAAUAUUGGGCUUUAGCAAAAAAGUCUCUUUGAGUUUCUUUAAAAAUGUCAGUUAAGAUGUUUCAAUUCCCCCAUCCCUUGUCUAUGCCUAUGUCUAUGGUGCUUACUGAAGCUCUAGUCCAACUCCAUCAUUAAACAGUUUGGGGGUUUAUAUCAUUUUGGCUGAAAUUAGAGCUUGAACUGAGCUAAGGGAAACAUUUCCCAGUCUCUCAUUCAUUGCGUAAGUUAUGGCACAAACAGGAAGGUGCAAAAUAGGGAGUCAGAGUUGGCAUAUUUUAAAAAUUAAAGUCAUAGCCCUGGAAUAAGCUUUUGUUUGUGUCUCACAUAGUUAAGAUCCUUCUUACUAUUCCUCUCAUAAAGUAAAUCAGAAUGAGGAAAAACCACAGAGAGCUGGGAAGAAAAUGUGCCAGGAAGUGACUUCCAUCCCAGUUCCUCAUUGUGUAUGCAUGGUUAUGUGGUCACUUAAGAAUGCUCUCGAGUAAGUCCCUAUCAAGCUAGAACACCCUAAAAUCAUCUCUUUAAAAAGGCAAAAGGGGCCUUAUUUUUUACAGAACACAUCUAUUCCAGCACAAAGCCAAGAGAAGUUCUGAAAAUAUGUUUCCAGAAUUAAGCCACUUUCCUUUGAGCUAUAUAAAUCGACCUCCAGCGUUUAAUUAUUUGAGGCUCAGUUUCCACAGUGCUAGAUUCAGGGCUUUGGGCCAUGGAAUCUUCAUUUAUUUGAAUAGUAACAACAUGUUUUGAUACAAAAUCCACCAGGGUAAUGCAGGGGUAAUCUACUUAAGAAUUUUGUAAGUUACCAUACAAAAAAUCAUACAUGUUCAGGAAAUAAAGAUAAUCUAGAUUUAAUGAGCAAAAAUAAAGAAUGUGAAAGCAUGGAAAUUUAAAUCUAAGUGUCAAGUAACAAUCUUAGCAGAAGUUGGAGCAGACUCCAGGAAAAAAGUGAUUCUGGCAAUUUCAAAACAAAAAUAUUAAUCUUUUCUCUACCUUGAAGUCACAAGAGAAAUUAAAAGGAGGCAAAAAACAAAACAAAACAAAACCCCCCAAACCACUGUAACAUCUGUGAGACACAGAAAUAAGCCAUGACAUAAUAAAAAGGACUAGAGAAACAUUAAUGUAGGACUGGAAAAGUCAUCAACUGAAACCUGAUAAAAUCAGCUGGGUUUUAUAAAAUCAUCAUGGCUAGAGAGGAUGCUUAGGUGCUUUUCAGACAAUUUUCCACCAACAUGCAAUUUCAGAGCAGUGCAUUAUUCAACUAAACAGUUCAAAUUUAACUCAAAUGUUUAUAAAAUAGCUUCUUGAAUACACACUUAAUGUCUUUUGAUUUUGUGGGUAUUUUUUCUAUCCAGAUUUUCUCAUUGCUUGAGUGUAACAGCAAGAAAUUUUAAGUCAUGCCAACCUGAUUUUACUCGCUUUGCAAUUAAAAUGUGGUAGAUAUUUGCUUGUCUUC